UCAGUUAUUCGUUUAGAAAGGGUCUCUACCAUUUUUCUACUACUAAUAAUAUUUAUUAAUUAAAACGUCAUAUUUUAUUUUAUAGAGAUACAAAAACCCUUUAUCCCACACCUGCCAAAUUAAAUGGCGCUUCAAAAACUUUCCUUUCUCAUUUGUUUCAAAGUAUAAACUACCAUUUACGAAAAAUAAAUAAAAUGUAGCAAAACUGGCUUUUAUUUUUACUUUUCUUUUUCUUUUUAUCAAACUCUCAUAAUUAUGUUAGGGAGCUAUAUGGUAUUUUGGCCUAUGUCUUAUAUAAGACUUAUUCGGGCAGGCCAUUAAGCACAUACGCCGUCGUGUUGUUGUAAAGAAACCCAUAACUGACUCGAACGAAAAAUAGUACGCGCCAAAGCAAACCAUUUUCUUCAUCGGGGCGGGCUUCAUACUACAAAGUGACUGUACCGGGCAUUGGCAACCGCCGGUAAUGUCUGUAUUCGGAUGGUAUGGACCUCUGAUCGAUCUCUCCGAAGCUGCUCUUCACGUUGGCGGUUUUGUUCAACUCCUCGUCUUCAUUCAUCGAUCCACUCCUGUUGAGUACAAAUUGACCAGUGGCGGAGACGUCAUAAGGACUGACAUUAAGGUAGCUGAUGAUACACGGUCGUUUUUCUCUGUAUCAUUAUGGCAGAAGAAAAUGGCUGCCGCUGCAAUUCCGGGCGAUGUUGUGUUGUUGCAGAAUGUGAAACUAAGGAAAUUCGGAGAUUCAACUGAGGCAACAACUGUUCAUUGUUCUUCCCUAGAGUGUAUAAUCCAUCCUUACGAAACACUUGUCUCUGAAGGUGUAGAUGAAUUAACGGCCAAUUGUCGAGCUGGUUUAGCAGCUAAAGAAAAGCUGAGGAAGGUUGUAGAAUGGGCGAAGGGGGCUGGUUCUACCUUCCACAACAUAAGAUUGCCUAGUGACCAAAAAACUAACCAGUUCUUCCGUAACUGGAAAUUGCCGGAAAAGGGGAUGUCCAGAGACUAUCUCUUGCUAUCCGAAGUAUCAUGUCUUACUGAAUCAUGCAAGGUUAUAUUUGAUGCGUCAAUUGGGGAAAUCUUUUUGUUAACCCCCUGGAUGAAUCUUGAUGAACUUCGAAAAGAGAAGUUGUUUGUCAGCAGGCGAUUGUCUAACGAUGAAGAUUUUGGUCUGGCAGAAGAUCUCAUUUGCACUGGUUGCCAGUUGUGUGGUUCGCCUUUAGGUCUGGAAAAUGGGUCUGUGGAUAAUCAGAUUUCCGUUCCACUUUGUUGUUCAAAAAGCUUGAACCGCCUUCAUGUAGUAAGCAUGAUAUAUAGGCCUUUCAUGCUAUACGUAUGGGAUGAAUCAGAAUACCUUCCUCUGCUUGUUAAGAAUCAAGCUGCAGAAAUCUUGUUUGGUAACAUCAAAGCUGAAAAGAUUUAUUCUCACUAUAGUUGGCAUAAAUCCAAUUCCCAUCCCAACACAAAUGCUGUUUCUGAAUCAAGCCAUUCCAGUGCUCCGAUUGGUAAUUCCCCUCGAGCAUUCGAGAACGGAGAGAGGCCUUCUAAAACUUUAUAUCAAAUCUGGUUGAUUUUGCUGAAAAUGUUGUUAGAACAAGGAAAAAACAGCCCUCUUAAAUUUGAAGUAACGGUUAAUACCAGCAUGGAUAAAGAGAAUGGGAGAUUUGAGAUGGUUUCUUCGACAUUUCCAUGCUCCUUAUUGAUCAAUCGGUCUUUGGACUGAUCACAUCCAAUUCCCUAACGUAAGGUAAGAAUUCACUAGUAAAUUAUGGACUUAACAUUUGAAAAAUCGAUGAAACACAAAAUUGUAUUUUAUGUUUUCAAAUGUUUGGUGGUAGAUUCAUUAAUUAAAUUCUAAUUUAAAUAAUUCUAUUUUCUUA